UAUGCACAAGCUGCGUUAACAACCACUCAAAUGAUAUGGCGAUGAGAUGAAAUCCAAUGAUCGAUGGCCGUCGCUGUGGUUAUGCACAUUAUUAUGGUUUCAAACAUUUUCUGUCAGCCAAUUUCAAAAUAUAGUUACUACGUGCCCUAGCCAAAUACCAGACCAAUCAUGCUGGUGUCACGAUGUAGAAGACGGGAUAUCACUCGACUGUCCUGGAGUUUCCGGAACAAGUGUUUACACUGCUUUAGCCUCUGUAAAUGGGCCAAUUCAAUCACUUAACAUUUAUGACCUCGAUUCUUCUGCUUUAUCUUUAUCAUUAGCUUUUUUUCCUCUAAAUAUCACAUUAAAAGAACUUCAAAUAUCUCAUUCAAAUAUAUCAAUUAUUACUGAAAAUGGGCUAUUCAACAUAAAAAACUUGGAAUCUUUUUCAAUGAUUUCUGGCAAGCUCAAAGAAAUACCCCAAAAAGCUUUCAUGGGGUUAACAUCGUUAAAGAUAAUUGAUAUCGAAUCUAAUGAAAUAAGCGAGCUGGGAAGCUACACUUUUACUGGUUUGAAUUUGGUUAAAAUAAAUUUGAAAGGAAACUCAAUAGUUAAAAUUUCAGAAUAUGCAUUUGCUGGAUUAGAAAAUAGCCUAUCAGAAUUAGACUUAUCAGAAAAUAAAAUAAAAACUUUUCCAACUUCAGCAGUACGACGGUUAGAAAGGUUGAUUUCAUUGAGGCUUUCUUGGAACGAGAUAACAUCAAUACACGAUGAUCGCUUUUCUUUUAUGAAGAAUCUAGUACAGUUGGAUCUAAGUUCUAAUUACUUUGAAUCAAUUCCUGAAGAUGCAUUCCGUCUAUUCCCAAAACUCGAAAUGUUAUCUCUUUAUUACAAUUCAAUUGAAGGUAUUCAUAAAAGAGGAUUUAGUAGUUUGACUCUCCUCGAAUCACUUGAUAUAAGUCAUAACAAAAUUAUUUAUAUGGAUGCAAACACAUUUAAGUACAAUGUACGUCUCAAAAAAAUUGAUCUAAGUCAUAAUCAUAUUCAUUAUAUAACUGGCUUAUUUAAAAAUUUACCAGAGCUUAAAGAAGUAUUUUUAUCCGAAAAUAAUAUAUUAGAAAUUUCAAGUGAUUCAUUUACAAAUUCAAUAAAGAUUUCUGUAAUUUACAUUUCCCAAAAUGCUAUAAAAAAUAUCGAACCUGGUUCUUUCAGUAGUUCUUUUGAUUUAAAUGAACUUUAUUUAAGUGAAAACUACUUAAAAAGGAUAGACAGUUUAUCUUUUUCCAACUGUUACAAUUUAACUUCUUUGAGUUUAGAUAGCAAUUUAAUUCACAGCAUUAAUAUUGAUGCAUUUCAAAAUAAUGUUCACUUAAAAGAACUUCGACUACAAAACAAUAAAAUAUCAACUAUAAAAAAAAUGCAUUUUGAGAAAUUACCAAAUUUACUAGGAUUAUAUUUACAAAAUAACAUAAUUUCUGAAAUAGAAAAUGGAGCAUUUUUUCAUUUGAAAAAUCUUCAACAUAUAAAUUUACAAGGUAAUCAUCUUAAGCAUUUGGAUGAUAUAUUUUCACAAAACCAAUCAUUAGUAUCAAUACACAUUGAUUCAAACGCACUAACUAGNGUAUCAAUACAUAUUGAUUCAAACGCACUAACUAGUAUACAUAAUAGAUCCUUCCAAGGCCAAACUAAUUUAAAAAUAAUUUGGUUGGGUCAUAACAAAUUAAAAAAACUAGAUAAAACUCUUUUUGUGGACAUUAAUCAUACUCAAAGAAUUUAUUUUAAUAAUAAUUCUAUCGAAUAUAUUGAAUUAGGUUCGUUCGAAUCUAUGCAAGCUUUGACAUUUAUGGACUUAAGUUUCAAUCAGCUCAAAGAAAUUUCAUCAAAAAUGUUUGCUGAUCUUAGAGGUUUAGAAGAAUUACAUCUUGCCAAUAACCACAUAUCUCACAUACAACCGAAUUCAUUUGCAGCACUCAAAAGAUUAACUAUAUUAGAUUUAUCAGAUAAUCCAUUAAUACAACUUCAUAAAUACAUGUUCCAAAAAGAUUUACCGAUUCAGCAUUUAUAUCUGAAUAACUGCUCGUUAAAAACAAUAGACAACGGCUCAUUUUCUAACCUGAAUGAUUUAUCCGAACUCUACUUGAAUAAAAAUUUCUUAGCUGCUGAAUCAUUAUUGCAAAUUGACGUUCCUACUUUAACGACAUUAGACGUAUCAUUUAAUAAUUUAAUAGGACUUAAUUCAACAUUUUUAAAAUAUCUUCCAAAUAUUAAGCAAGUUAAUCUGGAUUACUGCAACUUGAAUCAAUUGUCGGGUUCAAUUUUUAAGUUUAAUCUUGAAAUAAGCACUUUAUCAUUAAGACAUAAUAACUUUAUAACGUUUCAUCCUGAUGUCUUCAAGAGUCCGAAACGAUUGACUUCUUUGACAUUAGAUAACAAUAAUUUAGAUGUAAUGCCUUACUCUGCUUUAGCGGGCUGUGAAAAUUUAGAAAAGUUAUCACUUAUUAAAAACAAUUUAACAACAUUAGACAUGUCAAAACUAACAAGCAUGAAAAAUCUUAAAUCUCUCGUAGCAAAUUCAAACCGUGUUCAAUCUAUAUCUGGAUUUCCACCAACCUAUUUCACAAUGUUGACGGAAUUAAAUUUGGCCAAUAAUAUGUUAUCAUCAUUUCCUCUAAAUAUCUUUCAAUCUCUCGAACGUCUUGACAUUUCAUACAACAAUUUUAGACAAAUUCCAGCAUUAAUAAAAAAUUUGCGAUUUUUAAACCUUACCCACAAUCCAAUUUUUCAAAUACGUGAUACAACCAAACAAUAUGUCAAUGAAAAAUCAAAUAUUGAAGAACUAUAUAUGACCCAAACAAAUUUAACAGUUUUAAGUAGUAAAGAUUUUGAAAAUUUUCGUGAUCUACAUAAUUUACAUUUAAGUAAUAACCGUAUAUCAAAAAUAUCUCCUGGGACAUUCAGCGUUCUAGAAAACUUAUACACACUAGACUUAAGUCUAAAUCGUUUGGAGUUGUUGCCUCAAGAAAGGUUACAGGGAUUAUUCCGUUUACGACUUCUAAAUUUGUCACACAAUUCAAUCCGAGAAAUUGAUGACUUUUCCUCAGAUUUAAUAUCACUUCAAAUACUUGAUAUAUCAUACAACCAAUUGUUAAAAUUAAAUAAAGGAUUAUUCAGAAACCUCGAAAGCUUAUCUGAGUUAUAUUUGUAUGGUAAUUGGAUAUCUUCAAUUUCACCAGAUGCUUUUAGAGUUUUAAAAAAACUGAAGAUAUUGGACUUGGGAAAAAACGAUUUUAGAAACUUUCCUUUAAAUGCACUUAGGCCAUUGGAAACUUACAUAAAACAUUUGCGAAUAGAAGGUAAUCCUUUAAGUUGUGAUUGUGAUCAACAAGAGCUUUGGGAAUGGAUGAAAGAUCAUCGAAAACUAACUACUGAUUUCCAAUUAGAAGGUCUCACUUGCCAACAUCCUUCAACACUUCAAGGCAAAAUAUUUGUUGAUUUAGAGCCUCAUCAUUUUUGUGCUAUUCCCGCUGUACAUAGAUUAGCCAUUCAAGAUAUUCAGCCGGAUUCAGUGUUUUUGUCAUGGAAAAAUGGAAACCGUUCAGGACUUCAUGGCUAUAAAUUGGAAUAUUAUUCGAUUGAGGAUCCACGAUCUCCAGCAGCUAUCAUAUCAUCUGUCGCACUAUCGCCAACUCAUAUGAGCAAAUUCAUUGAUAAAGAAGCUCAAACAGCAUUCAUUGAUAAUUUAACACCAGAAACUAGGUACCUAAUUUGUAUUAUUGGAUUAGGAAAUUGGAUACCACAAAAUACUUCUCAUUUUUUACCUAGUGAUACAGAAAGCAGCCGAUGUGCUGAAAUUAAAACAUUAGACGGGGAUUUAACAUUUUUUUCAGAUGAACAGUAUAUGAGUUCAAUACUAACCAGAAGACUGGGGUUAAUUAUUGGAAGCUGUUUAGGUUGUGUGGUAUUUAUCGUAUUAGUUUCUGUAUUAGGUUAUUUAAAAAUUAAAAAGCAGCGAGAAGACUCAAAAAGAGAACAACCUUUACCUCCAGAAUAUUUGUCAUACCGACAUUUUUCGUUACAUACUACCGAUCCCCUGUCUGCUUCUGCUUUACACUCGUCUAACCCAAUAACAACUGUAACAUGAAAGUUAUAUUAUAGUAUAGAACAUCCAUACAAAAAUAUAUUUAUUUAUUUAUAUAAAUGUAAGGAAAUAUACAAUAUAUUCCAUUAACUAUAGUUAGUGUAAUCAAUAAUUACAAAUUUAAUUCUAAAAUUAGUAUUCAACUAAUUUAGAAUUAUAUCAAAAUUAGUUGUAAUCAUAUUAAUCUUAACUCACAAUUAAAAAAAAAGUGUAAAUAGCAAUAACAGUAUAAAUUUUUAUUAAAAAACUGUAUAGGGUAAAGUUUUUUUUUAUUUAUACAAAAACAAUAAUGCGUAUUAUA